UUCUGCUCUGACUGUGAAAUGGGUAGGCCGCGUGUUGUACGGUCUGAAGAACAGCGUGCCUGCCAAGAACGACGGCAUGAACCGAAAAGGGAGAAUAGGUGCGGCGGCGGUGGAAAGAGACCACCAACGAUGAGCGGGCCGCUAACGCCAAGUUUAAGCGUGCGGCCCGCCAGGACCGCGAGGCGGAAAGAAAUGCGAACUGCCCAUGUGGCCCCGCUCCCGCAAACUUAGAACGUUUCACCGGAGCAACGGUCAAUCAGAACAUACACAGCUUCACUGGUAUCCACCUUCGGAGUGGAAUGGCAGUGAAUUUCUUUUUUUGCCUUAUGACAACGGCUUCGUCGCCCUCGUCUUCGAGAAAAACAGGCAUACCUUACUACAGCGGCGCAUUCGCCGCGUCCGGCGAAUUUGUGCGAGCGAAUUUUGUAGUGAACGGGGUACACAGAGACUACGAACUCUCAGUUUUUGAAGAAUUAUACGACAGCAUUGAGAAGAAAGCUACUUUUAGAGUAACGAAGAAUGGGGACGUCAUGACCUACGUUCAAGACUUUCGCACUAAGCGCAACUACCUGAUACGUACUUAUGACGGAAUCACAACGUGUGUGGACGUCCCUGAAGCGAAUUUCACGCGUAGGGAGUUCGUGACUGUUGUAUCGGCGCCGGACGAAAGGAUCUACUUUUUCCUUCGAGACCUUCUUGUGCUGAAGUCUUACGUGAAAGUGCAGACACGGGUCGACGACCUUGUGCGUGGCCAGUCUUGCCGCAUUCGCGGAUUUCACACAUCUGACCACGAGAUCAGAGGCACCAUGACGUGGACUUUAAACAACUCGACGAUGCGUGAUCUAAAGAGACCUCCUGCAGGAAUAACAGAUUUGCCAGUUGCCAUGAAGCUCCCAAGAAAUGCUACACUAGAGGUACCUUUGCAAGGGCAUUUUAUUUUUCGUCGCGACGGCUUCAGCGAAGAGAGCAUUACCAUGAACAUCCUAAACUUUGAAUUCAUCGGCAAGGCUAUUCGGAACAAUCUCUUUGAGGUCCCCGACGGAGUGCGGUGCGAAGGGAACAGGAAGAGCGGCCUGGCACAUCCUGUGUAUUACAACAUGCGAGUGUUCAGUUACAGUGCCAGGGUGAAGAGCUCUACCUCGAAGCAUACUCGCAUUAUAAAUGGUUUCAUAGACGUCAAUCGAAACUUGCACAGGCUGGACUACAAGGCUUGGAAUAACCCUUCGUCGAUUGAACAAACCGUGAUUUUUUCUGGGAAGGAAGGCAUGGCCUACCACGUAACCCGUUCAGGAGCGUGUUCUGCGGGGAACAUCACUGAUGUCGAUUUCGACAAGCAGAUGAUUAUGCUCCCCCGAUUCAUGGAGAAACUUUCACCUAAAACGUUUUUUGCUGGGAACAGUUCUGCGACCAUUGCCUACAAGAAAAUCGCUGUGAAAGGUGGGAUUCCGUGUCAUGUCUGGGACAUCGUCCGUUUUGAUUGGCCUUCAAAUGGCCUGAAGACGUUGUGGGAGUGGUGCUUCGUAGACAAGUCUUACUUUGCACCGUCUUCCGAAACUACUUCGUCCCAUAUAGUAAGCUUGGAUAUACACGUUUUGGAGUUGCCGCAGGCACCAUUCUAUGGCUUAGUACCAGGAGAAAAACUCUCAUUCCAAUUCUUUGACAUCAAUAAGGAAACUUCCGAGUUGGUCGAACUUCAGGGGUUCGACAUUACGCCCUGUUACCAAGGGAGCUCGUCUCUAAGAAAGUUGGUUCUUACGUUAGAAGAAAAGGCCGGUUCUGAAGCAGUCUACAAGAAACCAUCUUUCAUCUUUGCGGCCCAGAAAGCGGUCACAAACGUUGGGAAAGUACCUGUCCUUCAUGUCAAAGUUGCGACGAACGACCAGCUAAAUUUUGCUGACCGCAAAAGGAUGGUGACGUUUACUCUUUUGGGAAGCAUCAACGGGAUCCCUAGUAUCCAACUGGACUCAGCCGUCGUACUUCUACAGCAGGCCAUCAGCAGGAAAUCAUUGAAGGUGUUUCACGAAAAGGAAUUCUACGUAGUGGAGCAAUUGUCUUUGUUCUGAAGCAACGCAAAUCCUUCCGAACUAGGUUUCAAGAAUACCCGCGAGUUAAAAUUCUCCGAAACAUCACCGACGUUUGAAAAUAACGUCUGAUGUAUUUUAGUUUUAUGCUUAACCUUUUCAAACUCUGGCAUCGUAGUGUAUUUUCUAUGUAAAGCACUUUUCUGUUGUCGUUUUACUCCUCAAGUAAGUGUUUGCCGGGGCCACAGCCUACGACAAUAAAGAGAUCUGCGCAAACAUCCUCAAACACUCGGGCAGUUUAAACAAGUUGUUUAACUGUCUGCCGCUAACGCCUCUCUUGAUUAAUUUUAGUAGUCUAGAUUAUGAUGGUGUGCCUGUACUGAAAUUGUGCAUACCUUUUUAGCUCAGAAACAUAUUUCGCUGUAAUUUUGUCAAACUGAUCAGCGGCUACUUCAGGACCAAAAUGUAUAGUUUAAACGACGUGUUAUUUUAUACAUCCUCAUCGUCGCCACCGUCGUCGUCAUGGUCGUCCUGUAUUAUGCCAACUGCCGGACGAAGGCACUCUCCCGGCGAUGCACAAUAGGCGGUGUCUCAAACAUGGUGUCUAUAUAUGACGUAUUUCCGGCUCUGAAAUCACUCCCGGCAGAUGCAGUCAGCAAAGGCGUAGUAUUUGAGAUUGUUCUCUAUUGCUCGGAGGAAGCCGUCGCGGGGACCAGGAUUUGGACACCCCCUAUUACCUCUUUCUUGCGUCAACUAACUCCAUCCAAGGCCUUUUUGGUUUGGAACGGGGCUAAAAUUACAUGUUUGGCUUGCAUCCUCAAUUAUGCGAGAAGAAGUGAAGGAAUAUUAUGUGCGAUGUCAUUAGUGGAAUUUCAAACACAGCAGCCUCAAGUACCACCAAAGCCAGACAAUACGACGGGGAGGGGCUGCUGCAGUCAUUUUUCAGCGUGCUCAUGCAAGCACGUCAUCUAAUAGUAGCGCGGUCUUCUCUAUUUAAAUCAAACGGUUGUGUGCGGACGCACAUAAGGGGGAAGACUUUGCUGUCAACUAUUGCAGCAUCUACAUACUAAUUAGGGGACAUGUGACCCGUACGAAAAAUAGUUAAUUAUAUUUGAACGUUUAAAAUGUUGGCCGAACAUUGGCCUCAUUUAUUGAGCUACUUGGGUAGUUGAUUACUUGCAUUGAAUUACAUUUUCUUAGAGUUGCUUAUUGGUCCAUGAAUUCUACGAGUGCCGACGCCGGCGGUA